CUCUCUCUCCCUCUCAGAAAAAUUGGGUUCACGCCUCCAAUUGUUGCCUUAUUAAUCUCUCUUUUUACUCUUGAGAAUGUUUGCAAAAGCAAACUUAUGUGCGAACGUCACAAAGUAAGUUCGGAUGAUUUUGGUGAGUGUUUUUUCAACGCCUCAAGAAGUGCAGUGUAUGUGUGACUUGCUCACAUUUCUUUCUUCUCUCCUUCUAGAUUCAAUUGAACAGUUACAAGGGAAGAGAAUAGCUUUUCGUUCAGCGAAAGUACGUGAAAAUACUGAUUCCAAGAAAAAGUCAAGCAAAAACAGUAAGACCAACAAUAAGUCUUCUUCGCAAUACGUGUCCAAGGGAAGAAAGAAGAAAAUCAUCAAGGAGAGUGAAAAAGGUACCUUUUCGAUGUUAGAAAAAAAAUGCGGAGAGAGUGGCUCAUCAUCAUCGGAACAAUUGGAUUCUGGAGAUGAGCUUAUCGACAAGAACAAGUAUGAUGAACUUUUGAGAGACUACAGAAACUUAGAAAAGGCCAAUGAUAAAUUGGAAAAUGAAUUAUCCCGUUCGAAAAAGAGGGUUGAAAAAUUGGAGGACACGAACGAAAAACUUUCAAAUGACUUGAGGUGUCAAAGUAAGAAGAUGGCUAUGAUUGAAAAUCUCAACUUUCAAUAUCAAGCCAAAUUGUUAGCCGACAAGGCAGAUACAAAGGUCCCAAGUACUCAGGUACAAAGUCAGAAUCCUUUACCAACAACUCCAUUGCUGUCCAGCACUCCAAGUGCAAAAAAAGUCUUGUUCCCUGAAGAGAAAAAUCAAGAUAAUGUUGUUUCUUCUCCCUCCAAGUCGAUUUGGCAUGUAUCAAACCCAAAGGCUCUGGCUCCAAUAUGCCAGUCUGAAUUGUCGUCGCCAAAUAAAAUCAUCCAACUUGAAAAACCCGCUCAAGCUGAACCUGAAGAACCAGCUCAGGCUGAACCUGAAGAACCAGCUCAGGCUGAACCUAACGAAUCUGCUGAAGCCAAUGAAGAAUCGGAACCACCUUCCAAGAAACCACGGUUGCUUUUGAAUGUGACACCGAAGAAGAUGAGGAAGGUUUUAUUGAAUGUAAAAGGCGAUGUACAAGGAGACAGCCAGUUUGUGAAAAAUUUGGCUCAUGUUGUUUUUGGGGUACCACUUCUUAUUGCUUCAUCUGUGACAGGAAAAACCUACAAUCAAAACAAGUUCGCUAAAACCUAUCCAGCUCUCCCAACAGAGGGUGUUGAUUAUAUCAAAGAAUGCUUCAUUGAGCGAAUGAAGAACGAAACUCCAGUCCCAACCAAAAAAGAAAUGGAGCUGAGGGAGGGAAAAGUAAAGACCUACAUUAGCGGAAAAAUCAAAGACCUCCGGCGCGCCCUCAAAAAUUGCAAGAAAGUUUCAAAAGAAACAUUGGAAGCAGUUAAGGAAGAAACAUCAGAAGCAGUUAAGGAAGAAACAUCAGAAGCAGUUAAUAAAGAAACAUUGGAAGCCGUUCAGGAAGAAAGCUAAGUAGGAAAGUUGGGUACUUUAGCGACUACUCUUUUGUACGUAUCAAACUUUAGUUUCUUAAAAUAGUUCAUAGCACCCAACAUAGGUGAUGUUCUCCACAAGAAAAGAUUUUUCAAAUAUUAUAAUACCUAUUAAAUUUUAAUAAUUUUGUAAAAGAAGUUUCCAAUUUCAUUUUGCUGUACUUUUUUAUAAUACAUUUCAUAGAAAUUUCAA